GAAAAUUUGUAAGUAAACAGGGUAAGGGUAUCAUUACAAAUUUCCUGAUUGGGUGUUCCUAGUGUGCCCCUCACCUCGAUUGCGUUUAUCGGCUCGAAGAAGACACUCACCGCCAUCCCAGCUCCUCUUGUUUUCGUCCGGCUCGCUCGGUUUUCACUAAAAAUUUCAGAAUCCACUCAAAGAAUUCGCCAUGUCAUCUCCUUUUACUGUCAACGGAACCGUAAAGACUUUCGGUGGCUCGCUAUUGAAACUGUCUCAUGAGUCGACUGCGCUGGGUUGCAAGAUGGCUCUGAAUGUGUUUCUCCCAGCAACUUCCGCUUCCAAAAUUCCAGUUUUGUUUCACCUUGCAGGACUCACCUGCACUGGUGAUAACGGUGCCGAAAAGGGAUUUUUCAACCAUUGGGCCGCUAAGUAUGGAAUUGCCAUGGUUUAUCCGGACACCUCUCCUCGUGGAUCGAACCACCCUGGAGAGCAUGAUUCUUGGGAUUUUGGUUCGGCUGCUGGGUUCUACAUUGAUGCGACUGCUGAGCCUUGGAGCUCUAAUUACAAGAUGGAGACCUAUGUCACAGAGGAGCUUCCUACCCUCCUCUAUCAAGCCUAUCCGGCUCUUGAUUCCUCUCGAGUGUCGUUGACUGGACAUUCAAUGGGUGGUCACGGUGCUUUGUCGUUGUUUUUGAAGCAUCCUGAUCUAUAUAAGUCUGCCUCGGCCUUUGCCCCCAUUGCUAACCCGAUCAACUGCCCAUGGGGUCAGAAAGCUUUUUCAGGAUACUUGAAGUCCAAGGAAGAAUGGGUCAAGCAUGAUUCGACGGAACUGCUAAAGUCCUACAAGGGUGAUCCACUGGAUAUCUUUAUCACUGUAGGGACUGCAGAUCAGUUUCUUCUUGACGGCCAAUUGCUGGUUGAUAACUUCGUUGCGGCUGCCAAGGAGGUAGGCCGAGAAGGCGAGGUCGUGGUCAAGAAAUGUGAGGGUUACGACCACUCGUAUUACUACGUCUCGAGCUUCUCUCAGGACCAUGUUGAGCAUGCUGCUAAGCAUUUGGGUGUUUUGUGAUGUGCCUAGUCGAAUUGAUUCUUGAGGACAUGGAAGUGUUGCGCCUCUCAAUGUACAUAGUUGGGCUAAUAAUCUAAGACUAUAGUUACCGGAUUGAGUUACUCACCAAAUGAAAUGCUGCCUUAAUGAAAACCCUCUACAGUGUAUGUGGUGGGUCCUCAGUAGCGAUUGCUUGCUCUAUUCGGGUUCCAGAAGCUGAUUGUAUGUAAAAUCGCCUAGGCUGCUUGCGUCCAGUGGCAGGCCUCAUUAGGUUAGCGAGCCU